AUGUCCGAAUCCUACUCACGUAACUACUGGAAGAAUGAUGAUAUCGCCGAUGAGAUUAAAAAGUUCAUCAAAAAUCCUGAUACGCCGGUGGAGAUGACUGUCCCUAGAAUGGAGAAAUUCUUGAAGAUCUCAAGUUAUAUGUCGUGUCGGAUUUUAAGUUGUGUUUGCGAUAGAUGGAUUUGGAAUAAGAAGAUUGAUGCACGAUCAAUGAUUUCUAUUUGUGACCGAUCUCUUUGUAACCAUAAACUAUAUGAGCAUGUGUCACAUAUGGUAAAUGCUCCAGAAACAGUGUUAAACCAUUUGACAAUGUUAAUACUUGAUUUUGAAAAAAAAACUAAUAAAAUAGAAAGCCUGUUAAAGUUGCCCUCUAGUUAUGAAAGAAAUUCUGAAGUGAGGAGUCAUGAACAAUUAAAAGGUCUCGUUAAUCAUGAAAUAAAAUUUUUUAGAGAUCUUGAUUCUUCACCUGAAGAUUUAUCCAAAAAACCGCCAUUCGAGUCUCCAGCUAUAGCAGAUAUUUUUAUGCACUUUUGUUUGUUUCACUUUUCACGUGAUACCAUUGAAUUAAAAAUGGCAUUAUGUAUCUCCAGACAAAUUUUAGAUUAUUUUAAUGAUUGGAUAUGGGUUACUCCUAAGGAGCUUCCAUUUCUCAAUAAAUUUAAACUCAAUAACAGUUAUACAUUUUAUUACCAGAGGUAUCAAGAGUAUUGUAUUUCUUCCUUUUCCAAUGAUUCUAAAAUAGAACCAAGUUAUUCAAGCAGUAUAAUAUUUGGCCAGGAUGUAUUAAGAUAUACCCUAAAAAUAUUUAGAACAUAUAUCACAAAUUGGUGUAUUAUAAAAUCACAAAAUAGUUCCUUCUGUAAAAAACGUUCAUUCAUGAAAUCGUUUCCAAAUUUUCUGGAUUUAUUAGAACAAGAAGUAUAUGAAAUUGAUUCGCCUAUAUGGGAUCCAAAUUUUACAAAUACUCUAUCUACAAAAAAAAUCUUAGAUAGAUUAAACUUAAAAUUACAUGAAUUGACAAAAAAUCAAUUUAAUGCAAAUAGAUUGAAUUCCAAUAUACCAGGAAGAAUAAACAACAAUCUUUCGAAUGGAGUUACAUUAAAAAUACCAGAUGUUAAACAUAAUGAAAUGUUUAAAAACUAUGUAGCAACGGAUACAAUUUUUGAUACAUUUGAGGAUAUACAUUUUGAUGUUGGUGCUAACACAUCUUUAAAGGGUUCUAUAAGAAACCAUAAAAUACGUCGACCUCCAGCAGAAGACAAACACUUAGGAAUAGAAAUGAUGGUAUUUGAUAGUUUUUCAAAUUUUACAAAAUGUGUGUUAUGCCGAAAAGAGCUAAGAAAUAUGUACCAAACUCGGUUGCCAAGACUUUCAGAUACAUACAUUGCAAGAUUGCAAACAGACGAACAAAUACAAACAUUGGCUAUGUUGGAAGACGGUAUUCCUAUUGGUGGUAUAUAUUUCCGGACUUUCAACUCUCAAGGAUUCGCUGAAAUAGUAUUAUGUAUAUUCAAAGUCGAUUUACAUGUAAAUGGAUAUGAAUCGCGUCUAAUGAAUUAUUUAAAGGACCUUCAUAUUAAACAAAAUAUAUUUGAUUUAUUAGUGUAUGCUGAUAAAGAAAAAUUUGCAUUUUUUAAAAAUCACAAUUUUAGUUCAGAAGUGAAAUUGUCAAAUAAAAAAUAUAAAAAGUAUAUAGUUCACUAUGAAGAUUCCAAGUUGAUGCAUUGCAGUCUAAAGAAGUGA